AAAAAUAUUGUUCCCUAUGAAACUAGCUGCUAGAUUACUAGUGUCACCACAAUACAGUUUUUCAGGGACAAGAAUUUCAUUUUUCGCAAACCUGGUGGCACAUCAUUGUCUCAUGAGCUGAAGAAAUCUGCUGAAUUAGUUUUAACUUCAUUCUUGAAAGAGAAACAUGGCCAGAGGAGAUGCACGGACAUUAUUAAAAUACCUGUUGGGAUUCCUUCUUAUUUACUUUAACUGCAAAAAUGGAGAACUGCAGCUUACAACACGUGCAGUUAACAACGAGUGUCUCAACUCAUCGUUGGUGUGUGGGCCAAACGCUGACUGUUACAAUAACAGUGGAAACUACACAUGCUCUUGUUGGAUUGGUUAUAAUGUGACAAAUAUGAAUGAAACAAUUAGUAGCAGUAACCCAUGCACUGAUGUGGAUGAAUGCCAGGUCAGUUCAUCUUUAUGUGGUCCAAAUUCAAUCUGCAGAAAUAUAAUGGGAGGUUUCAGUUGCUCAUGUUUGGAUGGAUUCACUGCAACAAACACAAAUCUCACUAUCAGCAACAAUAACACAUGUAGAGUUAACAACGAGUGUCUCAACUCAUCGUUGGUGUGUGGGCCAAACGCUGACUGUUACAAUAACAGUGGAAACUACACAUGCUCUUGUUGGAUUGGUUAUAAUGUGACAAAUAUGAAUGAAACAAUUAGUAGCAGUAACCCAUGUACUGAUGUGGAUGAAUGCCAGGUCAGUUCAUCUUUAUGUGGUCCAAAUUCAACCUGCAGAAAUAUAAUGGGAGGUUUCAGUUGCUCAUGUUUGGAUGGAUUCACUGCAACAAACACAAAUCUCACUAUCAGCAACAAUAACACAUGUAGAGUUAACAACGAGUGUCUCAACUCAUCGUUGGUGUGUGGGCCAAACGCUGACUGUUACAAUAACAGUGGAAACUACACAUGCUCUUGUUGGAUUGGUUAUAAUGUGACAAAUAUGAAUGAAACAAUUAGUAGCAGUAACCCAUGUACUGAUGUGGAUGAAUGCCAGGUCAGUUCAUCUUUAUGUGGUCCAAAUUCAACCUGCAGAAAUAUAAUGGGAGGUUUCAGUUGCUCAUGUUUGGAUGGAUUCACUGCAACAAACACAAAUCUCACUAUCAGCAACAAUAACACAUGUAGAGUUAACAACGAGUGUCUCAACUCAUCGUUGGUGUGUGGGCCAAACGCUGACUGUUACAAUAACAGUGGAAACUACACAUGCUCUUGUUGGAUUGGUUAUAAUGUGACAAAUAUGAAUGAAACAAUUAGUAGCAGUAACCCAUGUACUGAUGUGGAUGAAUGUCAGGUCAGUUCAUCUUUAUGUGGUCCAAAUUCAAUCUGCAGAAAUAUAAUGGGAGGUUUCAGUUGCUCAUGUUUGGAUGGAUUCACUGCAACAAACACAAAUCUCACUAUCAGCAACAAUAACACAUGUAGAGAUGUGGAUGAAUGUCAGGUCAAUCCAUCCCUUUGUGGUCCAAAUUCUAUUUGCACAAAUACAGUUGGAGUUUACAAUUGUACAUGCUUGGCUGGAUUUACUGCAACUACGGAAAAUCUCCCCAUCAGCAAGAAUAACACAUGCAAAGAUAUAAAUGAAUGUCAGAUCAAUCUAUCCAUAUGUGGUCCAAAUUCCACCUGCACAAAUUAUACUGGACACUAUAUUUACAGUUUUUUGAAUGGAUUAAGCAAUGCAGGAAUCCCACAACUCACCUUUACAAUUAAUGAGAUAUGCAAUGGAUUUUCAGAUUUCCAUGAAUGUCAGGUCGAUUUUUCUACACAAGCAUGUGGUCCGGAUUCUACCUGCACAAAUAAUAUUGCAGGUUACAUAUACAAUUUCUUAGCUGGAUUUACGUCAACAAUGUCAAACCUCACCAUCGGAAUUAAUAGGACAUGCAAAGAUGUGAAUGAAUGUCAGUUCAAUCUAUCCAUUUGUGGUCCGGACUCAACCUGCACAAAUAAUAUUACAGAUUACAUUUACAAUUUCUUGGUUGGAUUUACUACAACAAUGUCAGAACUCACUAUCGGAAUUAAUAAGACAUGCAAAGAUGUGGAUAAAUGUCAGGUCAAUUUAUCUAUACAGGAAUGUGUUUCAUAUGCCAAAUGCAAAAAUAAUAUUGCAGUUUACAUUUGGAAUGUCUUGUCUGGAUAUAUUGCAAGUAUAUCAGAACUCACCAUCAGAAUGGAUAAGACAUGCAAAGAUGUGCAUGAAUGUCUGGUCAAUUUAUACAUAUCUACUGCACCAAAGUUCGAUCUCACCAUCGCAAUUAAUAAGACAUGCAAAGUGCCACCUGUAAAUCCACCUGCACCUGCACCAACACCAACACCAACACCAAAAGGGAUUCAAUUAGAAGUGCCACCUGUAAAUCCACCUGCACCUGCACCAACACCAACACCAAAAGUUAUUACUAUGUCAAUGAAAAUAAACGAAAAUUUUGAUACCAGUCUGACCAGCCCUACUGAUGACAAGUACAAAUUUUAUGCAAAUAAUAUCAAGUCAGCAAUUGAAAUUAGUUACUCAACUGUGCCUAACUACAUUAUAGGUUCAGCAAAAGUCACUGGCUUCAGGGCUGGUAGCAUUCUAUCAGACUUCACAAUUAAUUUGACAACUAGCACCCUUGAUUUUGGAACAGCAAACGUGCAGGUUUCCAACAUUCUCAAGAAUGCAGGAAUAAUGUUAGCUCAGAAUGCUUUUGCUCAAAUUGAACAAACAACCUUGUCAUCCAUCACUGGUAAAAUAUAUCCUCUGCAAAAUGUGGAGCUGAACUGUGCACCUCCAGAGUCUGUUCAGGGAGAAAUAAAAUGGACCGUGAAUGAGAAAGAUCCUGCAGACAGCACAAAAUACACCAUUAAAAAUAGCACUCUCAUUGUGAAUUCUCCCAGUCAAAGUGAGAGUGGUAGAUACUCAUGUAUCAUACAAAGGAAUUCAAUUCCUUACAUCAUGUGGCAAAACAUUGCUAUUGAACAACUCCCUACUAUCAAUGUGGGUGAGAAUGUACGCUUUUUCCCAUGUGAUGAUUUGACUGUGCAUCUGAGCUGCUGUAUUGAUGCAGACUACAAUAUUGAGUGGGUCCUGAAUGGCAUAGUGCAAAAUUCAGUGAUAGAGUCAGGCUGUAUCACAUUAAACCAUGGAAUACAGAAGGUAAAUUGUAAGACUGAAACCUUUAUCUGCCGUCUAAAGGAUCUGCCACAACUACUUAUCUACAGUUAUAGCAGCAAGAGUGUCACAGUUAAGACGAGCACAGAAAAAUUUGAUUGCAAAAAUGAAUCACUUGGAUUUGGACAGCAAGGUGCAACUGUGAAAGGACCCUGUGGAAAUAGGAAAGAAGGCAACAUAACUUAUGAAUGUCAGUUGCCAGGUAACUGGAUACAGAUUCAGGAGAACUGUGUGCUUCGAGUUUUCAAAGAACUUGAAAGAUUAUCUAAGGUAUUGGUUGUGGAGGACAUUCCAGUGAUUUUGGCUGACCUUAGUAAUGCUACAGUGCACAAUAUUGAAGACAUAACAAAGUCUACAGAGACUGUCAAAACAAUCGUUGGCAUUCUCUCUAAUAUUGCUGAUAUUUCACAAAGCAUUACAAUCAAUAAGCCUGUGAUGGAGAAUUUUCUAAAGACAGAUGACAUCAUUAUAUCAGAUAAUGUCAAAAAUGCAUGGCAAAAUUUGACUCGUGUCAACACGACAGAAAACACCAACAUUAAACUCCUGCAAGCUAUUGAGACUAUAAGUGGUCGUCUCUCAAAUGAACAAUUUACAAUUAAUGAAACAUCCAUUCAGUUGACUAGAACUAAAAUUAACAAUACGUUCAGUAGCUCAUCUCAACUACCAAACUCAACAACUCUAAUUGAGAUACCAGAUGUUCCUCAACCGAACCACAUAACCAUUAUAGUCUUCAAAUCCCUUGACAAUAUCCUUCCAACUCGUAAUACUAACAAUGACACUGGCAAAUCUGGUGUCCAGAUCAAUGGAGAUGUGGUUGUGAUUAAGGUUAACGAAAAAAUUAAAAAUAUUUCUUUUACGUUUGACAUUACGAAUGAGUCUUUGGGAAAUCCUCAGUGUGUCUUUUGGAACUUUAUUCUCAAUGGAUGGGAUUCCACUGGAUGUGAAGUAAGACCUUUGAAUGAAUCGGGCAAAGUUAAAUGUGAAUGCAACCACACAACCUCUUUUUCAAUCCUGAUGUCACCGUUUGCCAUUAAAAAUGAUCCCUUGGCCUAUAUAACUUACAUUGGUGUAGCUAUUUCAAUGGCCAGUUUGAUAUUGUGUCUCAUUAUUGAGAUUAUUGUAUGGAAAUCAAUGACAAGAAAUGACACCUCCUACAUGCGGCAUGUCUCCAUAGUCAACAUCGCUGUGUCUCUGCUGAUUGCAGACAUCUGUUUUAUCAUUGGAGCUGCAGUUGCAGAUCAAGAGCAGCCUACCUCAGUGGGUCGCUGCAGUCCAGCAGUUUUCUUCAUGCACUUUUUUUAUCUGGCUCUUUUCUUUUGGAUGUUACUUUCAGCACUUUUGCUCUUUUACCGUACUGUCAUGGUCCUGUCUCAAAUGUCAAGGCGGAAAAUGAUGGCCAUCGCCUUCAUAGUUGGUUAUGGCACACCUUUGCUCAUAGCAGUCAUUACUGUUGCAUCAACAGCUGGAGCUCAAAAAUAUAUUACAAAGACAAAUGCAUGUUGGCUGAACUGGUUUGAAUCUAAGGCCCUGCUGGCAUUUGUGAUUCCAGCUCUGACAAUUGUAGCCAUCAAUCUUCUUGUUUUAAUCGUGGUUCUAUUUAAGAUGUUGAGUAAAGGAGUUGGUGCCGCAACUCAUCCAGAUGAAAAACAUGCUUUAGUGGUCAUUGCCAGAUGUGUAGCCAUUCUGACUCCUCUCUUUGGUCUUACUUGGGGAUUUGGCAUUGGAACCAUGGUGUCAUCAGCCUUUGGCAUUCAUGUUGUGUUUACAAUCCUCAAUUCACUGCAGGGAUUCUUUAUUUUGGUGUUUGGAACACUUUUAGACAGCAAGAUUCUUGAAUUACUAGCAGGAAAGCUGUCACUAAAGAUCAUUAGCUCUAACCGCACCAAGAGCACUACUGCAGGACCAUCAUCAAGCGGACUAGGUUUAUUUCGGAUACGGAAAAGACAUGGGUACAAUGUACCUGAUGCCAGCGCUUCCUCGGCAGCAGCUACAUCAUCAGACACCUACAGAGCCUCAGAUACUUUGAGCUCUUAAUCAACAAUAUUAACUACAGACAAAAUCCUUUUCUAAAAGUUUUUCCUUUUGUGCAAAUAUGUGUAAACUGCAGUUUUUGUCACUAAUUUCUGAGAAAUGUUUCUACAAUCUAUAUAAUUCCAAAAGAAAUAGGGUUAUAAUCUGCAUAUGUUAUAUUUCUUUGAUAAUUGUUUUAAUAAUGCCAGGAUAGUACACACUUUAUAUCAGAAAAAUUAUAUCAGUAUGGUCUAAUGCAAUUGCACAGCUUUCUAGUAGCUAUUUUAAAUGCAUAAGGAUUUGUUGUUCAUUUGGUAUCAUUACAUCUAUCCUCUUGUUCAAAUCUACACUUUCUGGAUUAUGAAAUAAAAAAAAAAUCAAUAAAUUUUGAAAUAUUACUGUU